UUUCCAUAUAGGGUUAGAAAUUUUCAUCUGCAUUUAAAAGAUUAUAUCAAGUUUCAGAGAAAGAAAGUAAGAGUUUAAGCGGAUUGAUCAGGAGUACUAUACUAGUUACGCAGCCAUGGAAUAUUGGUUUCGGAAGUCUAGCUUAGCAAUACUACUGGUAUUGUUCUUGAUGGCUUUGAGCUUCAACACUGCUUGCGCCGCAAGCAACGUCACCUACGAUGGAAGGUCGUUGGUCAUCGACGGCGAACAUCGAAUUCUCUUCUCUGGUUCCAUUCACUAUCCUCGAAGCACUCCUGAGAUGUGGCCAUCCUUGAUAGCCAAAGCCAAAGAAGGAGGCAUUGAUGUUAUAGAAACAUACGUCUUCUGGGACCUCCAUGAACCUCAACAAGGAAAGUUUGAUUUCAGUGGAAGAAAUGACAUAGUGAGGUUCAUAAAGGAAGUUCAAGCACAAGGUCUUUAUGUCACCCUCAGGAUUGGACCCUUCAUUGAGAGCGAAUGGUCUUAUGGGGGUCUACCAUUUUGGUUACGUAGCAUUCCACACAUUGUGUUCCGAACUGAUAACGAACCAUUCAAGCGUGAAAUGGAAAGGUGGACAACAAAGAUAGUAAACAUGAUGAAAUCAGAGGGACUUUAUGCUUCUCAAGGAGGACCUAUUAUACUUUCACAGAUUGAGAACGAGUACACACUGGUUGAAGGAGCUUUUCAUGAUAAAGGAAAGUCAUAUGUUCGUUGGGCUGCAAAAAUGGCAGUGGGGCUUCAAACUGGUGUCCCCUGGGUUAUGUGCAGGCAGGAUGAUGCUCCAGAUCCAGUGAUCAAUUCAUGUAACGGAUUGAGAUGUGGAGAAACAUUUAAAGGUCCCAAUUCCCCCAGUAAGCCGGCUCUCUGGACAGAAGACUGGACCAGUCAGUUUCAAGCCUAUGGUCAAAAUCCAUAUAUUAGGUCUGCUGAAGAUAUCGCAUACCAUGCUGCACUUUUCAUAGCCAAGAAUAAGGGAAGCUAUGUAAACUACUACAUGUAUCAUGGAGGUACCAAUUUUGGAAGGUCGGCCUCAAAUUAUAUUACAACAAGCUAUUAUGAUGAGGCUCCUCUUGAUGAGUAUGGUUUACUGAGGCAACCAAAGUAUGGUCAUCUAAAAGAGUUACAUGCUGCUGUAAAGUUAUGCUCAAAGCCCUUGUUGUCCGGCGAACAAACUACUCACUCUUUGGGUGGACAACAGAAGGCCUAUGUCUACCAAGCCAAUUCUGGAGAAUGUGCUGCUUUCCUGGUGAACAAUGGCAGCAGAAAUGCCAGAGUCUUCUUUCGAAAUCAUCCAUAUAUAUUGCCUCGAAAAUCAAUUAGUAUUCUGCCGGAUUGCAGGAAUGUAGCCUUCAACACUGCAAUGGUGAGUGAACAAUACAGUACAAGAUCAAUGGUGCCAAGCGAAGUGUUUGAUUCAACAGCAAGAUGGGAACAGUACACAGAAGCUAUUCCUCGCUAUGAGAAUACAACACAAACAGCAAAACAAUUGUUAGAGCAAACUGGUACAACAAAAGAUAAAUCCGAUUAUCUUUGGUACACUCUAAGGUUUCAACAUGAUACCUCAGACUCUCAAGCUAAACUCAAUGUGUACUCCCGUGGACACGUUUUGCAUGCAUUCGUAAAUGGAAUUUUUGUUGGAUCUGCACAUGGUGGUCGCAACGCUCCAAGCUUCUCACUAGACGCUACUGUUAAUUUACGUAAAGGGGUGAAUGACAUCUCCUUACUCAGUGGAAUGGUUGGCUUACCGGCUGGCGGAGCGCAUAUGGAGAGUAAAUUUUAUGGACUUCGUAGAUUAAGGAUUCAAGACAAAGAUUUCUCCAGAAACUCCUGGGGUUAUAAGGUUGGACUAUUUGGUGAUACUUCACAAAUCUAUUCAGAUGUUGGAUCAAGCAAAGUUCAGUGGAAAAAGCAUUCAAACUCAGCUAACCAACGGCUCACAUGGUAUAAGACUCAAUUUGAUGCACCAGAAGGAAGUGACCCUGUUGCAUUGAACCUUGGUUCCAUGGGAAAGGGUGAAGCAUGGAUCAACGGCGAAAGCAUUGGUCGAUAUUGGGUCUCUUUACUCACACCACAAGGAAAUCCUUCCCAACAAUGGUACCAUGUUCCUCGAUCCUUCCUGAAGCCUAGUGGCAAUACAUUGGUUCUACUAGAAGAAGAAGAUGGUAACCCACUUGGGAUUUCCUUGGACAGAGUUACAAUAUCAAAUGUAUGUGGUCAGGUAUCUGAAACACAAUUGCCGCGAGUGAGUUCUUGGGUGGAACAGAACCAAGGAGGCAGUAAUCAUAGAAAUUACAGAAGACAAACAGCCCCAAGCGUUCAGCUAACUUGUCCACCAGGAAGGAAUAUUUCCAACAUCUUAUUUGCAAGCUAUGGAACUCCCGUCGGUAACUGUGAAAGUUAUGCCCGUGGAACAUGUCACUCUGUUUAUUCCAGAGCAAUUGCAGAGCUGGUUUGUCUAGGGAAGAAUAGGUGUUCAAUCCUUCCAUCAAAUCUCGUCUUUGGUGAUCCUUGUCCGAAUACCCGCAAAUCCCUGGUGGUUGAUGCACAAUGCCAAUGAAGAACUACUUUUGCUUCCAACUUUUGAGAGGGUUUAAUGUCCAAAGCUCGUUUCAUCAUUAAACCAUUAAUUUAGUUUUACAUUUUAAUGUUUUUGAUAUAUAUGUUACGGACACCAUUUUAUAUAUAUCCUUUGUCUAUACUAUAAGUGAGAAAUGUUGACGAGUUUUGAUCCUUUUUACUAUGCAAAAUGGUUCAAAAACAACUGCUGCGUCUUGCA